AUGCUGAUCAAUCCUAUUAUUCUGGCAUGCAGACCCGCGCACAGGGCGGGUACGUCGAUCCUGGAUGGGGGGAAAAGCAAAACGAAUCUUACGGAUACAAAAUGGCCAAGACAAAGAGAUGAAAUGCGAAACAGAAAUAAUGGAAAAAGCAAGGGAAAAAAAGAACAGAAAAGAAAAGAAAAGUCAAAAGAAAAAGAGAGCGUGGAGAUCCCCCCGGACUCCCUCCGUUAUCAGUCCGGAGCCUCGUUGUACUCCGUGGGGAAUUCCCUUUUCUAUCCGAGCUCUUUCAGAAUUGGGAUUCAGCCUUCGAGCCCUGGAGGGUUACCUAUCUUCUUAGUCAAGAUGUCGCCAGCAACCAGUGAUAUCUAUUUCUAG